GUGGAGGAUUCGGCGAUCGCUUGGUAAUGUCUGGCAGCAUGGCGAACCUCACGGACGCGGCAUCACUGCAGCAGUUUGAGGAGUUAUUAAAAAAUAACAGCAAGUCCCUCACUGUCGUCCAUUUCCAUGCACCAUGGGCACCGCAGUGUUCGCAGAUGGACGAUGUGAUGGCGGAAUUAGCCAAAGAGCACAAACAUACCAUGUUUGUGAAGCUGGAGGCAGAGGCAGUCCCGGAGGUUUCGGAGAAGUAUGAGAUCACUUCAGUUCCCACCUUCCUCUUCUUCAAGGGCGGUGAGAAGAUUGACAGGUUGGAUGGUGCGCAUGCCCCUGAGCUGACCAAUAAGGUGCAGCGGCUGGGGUCCGGUGGGGGCGGGGCUGUCGGGGCGGGGGACGUCCCUAAAGAGGAUCUCAACCAGAGACUGAAGAGGCUGAUCAACGCCGCACCCUGCAUGCUCUUCAUGAAGGGAUCGCCCCAGGAGCCUCGCUGUGGUUUUAGUCGUCAAAUUAUUCAGAUUUUGAAGGAUCACAAUGUGCAGUACAGCAGUUUCGAUAUCCUCUCAGACGAAGAGGUCAGACAGGGACUCAAAACCUACUCCAACUGGCCCACUUACCCACAGGUCUACGUCAGCGGAGAGCUCAUCGGCGGAUUGGACAUUGUAAAGGAGCUGGUCGAGUCUGGUGAACUUGAGAAUACUUUCCCCAAGACCGUCUCUCUGGAAAACAGGUUGAAAUCUCUAAUCAAUAAAUCCCCGUCAUGCUCUUCAUGAAAGGCAAUAAAGAGGUGGG